GUUGUAUGGUGGGUGUAUGGUAGGGUACAAGACGACGUCCUGGGGAUUGAGCGAUGGGCGAAUUAUGUGCAGCGCCGAGCUUCUUACCAUACCUCACCAUCACACCCACUCCGAUAUUGCCUCUACAGUGCUAUACGGAGCAAAAUACAAACGUCGAAAGGAGAGGGUGGUUGUCAAGGGCUGGCAAGGAAGGGCUGUCGCAUGAGCACACAGCACCGCGUACCUCGUUUCAUCAGGAUCACACACUCCCACCCUUCCAACCCUUCCAGCCUCUUCUCGCCCAUCCUACAGUACACAUACAGUACACAGCCUUCCUCUCCAAUUCCCACGGCUCUCCCGCUCGCUCCCCAAACUCUACCGAAACCACCACACAUCAAAUAUCCUCCGUUCUGCGGUAGAACGGAAGAACAAGCAACACUCUGCGCGCGCCAUUGCCGAACAAGCUCCACCCGCUCCCUCCCCCCCACACCACACACACACACACACCACCAACCGAGCCACGGCAUACCGUGUAAUUCUUCCCGUCGUGCGAUGGGAAAGGCCCUGGGAUCACCGGAGAAAACGCCUCUGUUGCGUCCGGCUAUGCUACUCCUAGCGCUUGGCAAACCUCGGGGAUACUAUGAACGCCUGACCUGCAUGAAAUGUUGUUGGUGUUCUGCCGUAGGGUGGUUGGGGUCUGGAAAUGGUGGUAGAUGUGUUCACUCUGCCCCUUGCCUAAGGUAAUGAUAUCCGUC